GUUUCCAUAGCAAUUGCGUAGAAUUUGGAGAAACGUCUCGAGUUUUCUGCCAGGCUAUAUAAACACGAGCAGUGGCGGAAAUUUCUCAGGAUUUUGAUUAGCUUUGAGUGAAUACUCGUGACUGGCAAGUGAAUUGCGAACUUACCUUCUCAGUGCGUGAGUUGUUUCUGUCGUUUCUGAGUUUUACUUCGUAAAGCAGCUACCAUCGUUUUGGUGAAAAUGUCGUUGUUGCCAUUGUUGACUCGAAACUGGUGGGAUGCAUGGGAUUAUCCAUCCAGAAUUUUGGACCAACACUUCGGCAUGGGACUUCUUGACAGCGAUCUGUUAGCACCUACAAUGUAUAGUGGCUUCUUGUUACGACCAAGGACGCAACUAAAUAUCAACUCUUCAGGCUCGUCCGAGGUGAAGAACGAAAGUGACAAGUUCAAAGUGAUGCUGAAUGUCAGUCAGUUUAAACCUAACGAGAUUGAUGUUAAGACUGUUGACAACUAUAUCGUCAUUCAUGGAAAACACGAAGAAAGAAGCGACGACCAUGGAUUCAUAUCUAGAGAGUUCACUCGCCAUUACAUGCUGCCGGAAGGUACCGAUCCCCAGACGGUAAAAUCAUCUUUUAGCCAAACUGGAGUAUUGACAAUCGAAGCGCCCAAGAAAGCUAUUGAACCCCCAAAAAGUAAUGAAAGAACUGUACCAAUAACUUUGGAGAAACCUGCUGUUACUAACAAAUGAACCGAUUAUGAUGCUGCAAUGCCUGCACUUAAUAUCAUCUAACCUACUGUUGUAAUUUAUAAAUAACCUUUCAUUUCAUUAGCAUGUGUUUUUGUAAUCUGUAAGUUACUGUAAAUAUGCAUUUUUGUUAUAAAAUAAAUUUUGAAACUUA